UAACCAGCCAAACUCAGUUUAACUAUAAAUGUCCAUCACCACCAACUCUUUCUUCUCCAUAUUUAUUUAUUUCAAAAUCCCAAAAUCUUCCAUUUCCAUUCUCUAACUUCCUCUCCAAAUUUUAACUUUGGGAAACAAAACCUUGUAUUCUGUCUUAAACCCUUUUCUUUGUUUUGCCUUCCGACAGACAACAAAAGAAAGGAAAUUAAAUGGGGCUACGAGACAUUGGAGCAACUCUGCCUCCUGGGUUUAGGUUUUAUCCUAGUGAUGAGGAGCUGGUCUGCCAUUAUCUUUACAAAAAGGUCACAAAUGAAGAGGUUUCUAAGGGUACUUUGGUUGAAAUUGACUUGCAUAUUUGUGAGCCAUGGCAGCUUCCUGAGGUGGCUAAGCUCAAUGCGACAGAGUGGUACUUCUUCAGCUUCAGAGACCGGAAGUAUGCAACCGGAUUCCGAACCAAUCGUGCAACGACAUCUGGGUACUGGAAAGCUACAGGGAAAGAUCGUACGGUUCUGGACCCAAUUACUCGUGAGAUUGUAGGGAUGAGAAAGACCUUAGUGUUCUACAGGAACAGAGCUCCCAAUGGAAUUAAAACUGGUUGGAUCAUGCACGAGUUUCGUCUGGAGACCCCACAUAUGCCUCCCAAGGAGGAUUGGGUGUUGUGUAGAGUGUUCAACAAAAGCAAGGGAGACAAUAACAGCAAAUUAUUUGAUCAUCAGCAGUUCAUGUUUCAGAGCUCAACUAGUCAUAAUGCUCCUUUCAAUUAUUUAGCAGCUUCUGCUUCAAGUGAUCAUCAGCAGCAAAUUGCUUCAUUAUCAUCAUCUUCAGCCACCCCAACUCAUCAUCAUUAUCAUCAUCAUCAAAUGAGUUGUGACAAAAGCUCGCUGAUAAACCUUCUUCAACUUUCCCAAGAAACAAACACCAACCCUUUGACAGCGGCAACGACGACUACUACUACUGAUAUGAGCUCCAAAGGGGAUGAUGAUUAUGGAUUCUUGUGGGAGGAUAUGAAUUUGGAAGAAACUAGCUUGGGAGAUGGAGGAGCUUCAAGCUUGGAGAAUAUGAGAUUUGAAAUGGGUAAUAACAUGGUUUUCAUAUGAAAUAUUAAUCAACAAUAAUAGAAGAAGAAGAAAAAAAAUACACAUAUAAAUAUCCAUUUGUUAAUUUAUAAUGCAUUUGUGUUGUUUGGGAUUUGAGGAACAAUUCAAGGUUUGAUUGUUUCAAAUGUUGUUAAUUAGGAAUUAAGAUUGUAUUAGGGUUUUUUUUUUUUUUUUUUACAAAAUUUGGCAUCUCUGUACAAAAUUAUAUUAAUAUAAUAUCAAUCGUUAAUCA